GUAUCUCCUUUCAGACGCUGGGGGAGGUAGGGAUCUGUUAAGGCUGAAAAUAUUUACAGGUUUUGAAGUUGAAACGCAAACAGGAAAAGCCCUUUAAAAAGUGAGUGUAGUGGAUAUUCAAAACAGGGAUUGCCAUGGAAACGCCACAAUAUUUGCUUAAAUUGACACAAAGGUUGCUGGUUACAGGGUGCUGACUCCUUUGGCUCCAUUUUCUUUGGCCCGGCACCUAUCAUGGAUUGAUCUCACAACCCUCUUUUGUUUUGCCUCUUUUAUUUUUGUCUGAUGGAAACUUUUUAAAACAAAACGAAACAAAAAAAAAAAAAAAACCACAACCAACACAACACAAACAUCACCCAAAUCCUCCUGUCCAGCAAUCCCACCUCCCAGAAUAGUCUGAAGCUCCUGUCUCAUGUCGGAGCUACGGCACGGUUUGAGUUUGGAAGUGAGGGCAAAGAGACUUCACCGAGUGAAGAGAAGCCAUCAAAUUCCUUGUCUUCACCCGAGAUUGCCUCCGAAACAAAGAUCCUGACUUCUCGCCCCACUUUGUACACUGGAAUGGACCUUGAAGCCUGUGACUUCUCAAUGCAAGGAUGAAGUGAAUUUAGAGCUAAAAACCAGGCAAGAAACCAGACCUUGAAAUCUCCGAAAGGUAGGAGAGACUUCAGACUGCAAUGGCUGAAAGAACUAUAUGCACUGACGCAACCUCAGGAAAACCCACAAUGGCUGCCAAGCGCAAAGGCGGCCUGAAGCUAAAUGCAAUCUGUGCCAAGCUGAGCCGCCAGGUUGUCUUCGACCACGGGGGAGCCGAGCAGGCGCGUGCGGACAAAGGGCCGCAGCGGGAGAGCAGCAACAAGGAUCUGCCUCAGCCCGGGACCAAGGAGUCAGGGACUGAGUUUUCAGACGGACUCAGCCACGUGCAGAAGAUCGAGGAGGACAAGAGGAGGGAGGUGAUCGAGAAGUGGGUGAACGGGGAGUACGAGGAGCCUUUGCUGGGGCGGGCCGAGGGCAAGGAAUGCCGGGGCGCCGAGGGUGCGGAGGUGCCGCCUGAAGGGGUCUACAUGGUGCAGCCCAAGGGCUGCAGCGACGAGGAGGACAACGGGGACGAGGCAGACGCGCUGCGGGGCUCGCAGGAUGGCACAUUCCUGGACGACAGGGAUUCCGACGGGGCGGCCUCCAAGGAUGACGCGUACCGGGCCUCCAGCGAGGCGGCCUCCAAGCUGGGAACCACCUCAGGGGAAGCUUCGUCGCUGCGAGAUUACGCUGCCACCACCAUGAAUGAAUUCUUGGGCAUGUUUGGCUACGAUGACCAGAACAUGCGGGAUGAGCUGGCCCGCAAGAUCAGCUUCGACAAGCUGAACGCUGCUACCUCAGAGGCCACCGCAGCUGCAGCCUCUCUCCCUGGCGAGGACGCCAUGAGCAAGCGAGCUCGAUUCUCCAAGUACGAGGAGUACAUCCGCAAGCUCAAGGCUGGAGAGCAGCUCUCCUGGCCCAUGCACUUGGCCAAGUCUGAGGAGCUGGGCUCCAAGCUGGGCAAAGAAGCUUCCUCGGUGCUGGCGCAGCCCAUUCGGCUGCCAGGUCCAGAUGCCUCCAUGCUGACGGAGACCAAAGCCACCAUCCUGCCGCUGCCCUCUCCCAGCAGUUCCCAGAUGCAGGGCCUGAUGUCACGGGCCUCCAAAUACGACUUCUUCAUUCAGAAGCUGAAGACGGGUGAGAGCAUCAGGCCACAGAACGGCAACACUUACAAGAAGGCCUCCAAGUAUGACCUAGAAAACGUCAAGUACUUGCACCUUUUCAAGCCUGGGGAAGGCAGCCCAGACAUGGGAGGAGCCAUCGCCUUCAAGACAGGCAAGGUGGGCCGGCCUUCCAAGUACGAUGUGAGGAACAUUCAGAAACUCACUCAGGUGAAAGCUCCAACACCCAGCCUGGCCCCUGCUCCUCUCGCCAGCACCCCCAGCAGCACUCCCAUGGCCGGCCCGGAGCAGGCUGUCUCCUUGCCAUUCAACACUCCUGAGUACCUGAAGUCGACUUUCUCCAAGACAGACUCCAUCACAACUGGAACAGUCUCUACAGUGAAGAAUGGAUUACCCACUGACAAACCCACCGUCAGCGAAGAUGUAAAUAUUUACCAGAAGUAUAUUGCCAGGUUUUCUGGCAGCCAGCACUGUGGACACAUACACUGUGCAUACCAGUACCGAGAACAUUACCACUGCCUUGACCCAGAGUGCAACUACCAGAGAUUCACUAGUAAACAGGAUGUGAUUCGGCAUUACAACAUGCACAAGAAACGUGAUAAUUCCCUCCAGCACGGCUUCAUGCGCUUCAGCCCCUUGGAUGACUGCAGUGUGUACUAUCACGGCUGCCACCUGAACGGGAAAAGCACACACUACCACUGCAUGCAGGUGGGCUGUAACAAGGUCUAUACGAGCACCUCUGACGUGAUGACCCAUGAGAAUUUUCACAAGAAGAACACGCAGCUCAUCAACGACGGGUUUCAGCGGUUCCGCGCCACGGAGGACUGUGGCACUGUGGAAUGCCAAUUCUACGGGCAGAAAACCACUCAUUUUCACUGCAGGCGACCUGGGUGCACCUUCACCUUCAAGAACAAGUGUGACAUUGAGAAGCACAAGAGCUACCACAUCAAAGAUGAUGCCUAUGCCAAGGAUGGCUUCAAGAAGUUCUACAAGUAUGAGGAAUGCAAGUAUGAGGGCUGUGUCUACAGCAAGGCCACCAACCACUUUCACUGCAUAAGGGCAGGCUGUGGCUUCACCUUUACCUCCACCAGCCAGAUGACCUCCCACAAACGCAAGCAUGAGCGCCGGCACAUCCGCAGCUCAGGAGUGCUGGGCCUGCCUGCCUCUCUCCUAGGACCCAAGGAUAACGAGCAAGAGGAGUCCAGUAAUGACGACCUUAUUGACUUCUCUGCAAUGAGCUCAAAGAACUCCAGCCUGAGUGCCUCUCCCACCAGUCAGCAGUCUUCCGUUUCUCUCAUAGUCCCAGCUGCACCCUCCUCUGCUGCUGAGCUUGCUUCCUCACAGGUCAGCAAGCCUGCCAACAGCAUGACACCAGCCACCAAGAUCUCCGGCCUGCUCUCCCAGGCUCUUCCCAGCAAUAUUCCCUUGGCUCUGGCGCUCUCCAACUCAGCACUUCCUGGAGCGGCUGGAUCCUUCUUCCCCAUCAUCCCCAGCCGGGUCUCCACACCGCUUCCUGCCAGCUCCGCUAACCUGAUGACUGCUGGUUCAUCUGGCGCCAAUCCAACAUCAUCUGCUCCCACAGAUUCCUCAUCCCAGGCCAUCUCAGGAUCCGGUGAGCCUUCGGCUACUUCUUCUCCAGCUCCAGUGGCAUCCAUAAUGGAAAGGAUCUCUGCUAGCAAGGGGUUAAUCUCCCCGAUGAUGGCCAGGCUGGCAGCGGCUGCACUUAAGCCCUCUGUGGCACUCGAAGCAGGAAAUGGACAAGCAGCAGCUCCCGGGCGGUUCAACCCAGUCCAGGUGAAGCAAGAGCCAGCGGAGGCCAUGGGAUCGUCGUCUGCCAGUGGGCAGGAGUCCUUGCAGGAGCACAGCUUGGACCUGAGUGUCAAGGACCACGGUAAUGAAUCAAAUGGCCACACAGUCUCGGCAAAUUCAUCUCUUUUAUCCUCGCUUAUGAAUAAGAUGUCCAAGACCAGUGCCAGCCUUGGCAACCUGCUGAACAUUAAGACAGAAGGAGAUGGCAGCCAGGCUGGGGCUGGGGAGCCGACGCAGUACUUGGGCAAGGCAGUGAAGGCGCUUGUCCAGGAGAAGCUCUCUGAGCCGUGGAAGAUGUACCUGCGCCGGUUUGGAACCAAGGAUUUCUGCGAUGCGCAGUGCGACUUCCUGCACAAGGUGCACUUCCACUGCGUCGUGGAGGAGUGCGGUGCCCUCUUCAGCACUUUGGAUGGAGCCAUCAAGCACGCCAAUUUUCACUUCCGAACCGAAGGUGGGGCUGUGAAAAGUAACUCCGAGUCUCCCUUCUCAACUACUACUGACAGUAAGGCUUCACUGGGCCCUUCGUCACCAUCUGCUACAUCUGCCACCAUGGCGAGUGCUCCAGCCCUGGACGUGCCCACCCCGAGCCCAGCAACUGUGCCCUCUGCCCCCACACUGCUAGCUUGGAAGCAGCUGGCUUCAACCAUACCCCAAAUGCCUCAGAUUCCAGCAUCAGUGCCUAACCUGGCAACCUCACCCUUGGCUACAACUUCCCUGGAGAACGCCAAGCCUCAGGUCAAACCCGGAUUUCUCCAGUUCCAGGAGAAUGAUCCCUGCCUGGCAACGGACUGCAAGUAUGCCAAUAAAUUCCACUUCCACUGUCUCUUUGGGAACUGCAAGUAUGUGUGCAAAACCUCUGGCAAAGCAGAAUCCCACUGCCUGGACCACAUCAACCCCAACAAUAAUUUGGUGAAUGUGCGAGACCAGUUUGCUUACUAUUCUCUGCAGUGUCUCUGUCCAAACCAGCACUGUGAAUUCAGGAUGCGAGGGCAUUACCACUGCCUUCGUCCUGGCUGCUACUUUGUGACUAACAUCACCACCAAGCUGCCCUGGCACGUGAAGAAACAUGAGAAGGCAGAGAGAAGGGCAGCCAAUGGCUUCAAGUAUUUCACCAAGCGAGAAGAAUGUGGCAGAUUAGGUUGCAAAUACAACCAGGUGAACAGCCACUUCCACUGUAUUCGAGAAGGCUGCCAGUUCUCCUUCCUGCUGAAGCACCAAAUGACAUCCCAUGCCAGAAAGCACAUGAGAAGGAUGCUGGGGAAGAAUUUUGAUCGUGUUCCUACUCAGGUUAUUGGCCACACUCCAAGAAAUGAAAAUCUCCCCCAGGUUGGCAGCAUGGCGCCCAGCCCAGCCUCAUCAGGAACCCCAGCUUCCUUUCAGGGACCCCCGAGCAUGAUGGACACUGAAACAGAUGAGUACAUGGAUUACACUGGCUGUAGCCCUGGGGGGAUCUCUUCUGAAUCUUCCAAUAUGGACCGCAGCUGCUCCAGCACUCCAGUGGGCAAUGAAAGUACAUCAGCAGGCUGCCUGGUUCCUUCUACUGCCACUGCUGCUGCCGAUGAUGCUACCCACAAUGCACCUCAACCUCAACCUCCACCUCUGCCUCCAUCUUUCUCACAAGCCCUGCUUAGGUCUCCCAUUCCCACCCUCCCCUAUCUUUUCUCUCCAUCUUGUCUCUCAUACUCUCUGCUCAGUGCCACUCUUGGAUCCAGCAGAGGCAUUGUCAUGCCUGCCGCCAGCACCACUGGGUUUUCGCCCAUCAUUGCCACUCCAACUCCAGUAAAAAGUGACGUUCCCUUAGUUCAGGAUGCAGCAGGGAAUACCAUCACUAUGCCAACUGCCUCGGGGGCCAAAAAGCGUUUCUGGAUUAUUGAGGACAUGUCCCCGUUUGGCAAGCGCCGCAAGACUGCAUCCUCACGCAAGAUGCUGGAUGAAGGGAUGAUGCUGGAGGGAUUUCGGCGCUACGACCUCUACGAGGACUGCAAGGACUCCAGCUGCCAAUUCUCUCUCAAGGUUACCCACUACCACUGCACGCGGGAGAAUUGUGGCUACAAGUUCUGCGGCCGUACCCACAUGUAUAAGCACGCCCAGCACCACGACCGCGUUGACAACCUGGUAUUGGAUGAUUUCAAGCGCUUCAAGUCUUCGCUGAGUUGCAACUUCCCAGACUGUCAGUUCUCUGGCAAUAGCACACACUUCCACUGUCUGCGCUGCGGCUUCCGCUGCACUGACAGCACUAAGGUGACGGCCCACCGUAAGCACCACGGCAAGCAGGAUGUCAUCAGCGCUGCCGGCUUCUGCCAGUUCAGCUCGAGCGUGGACUGCGAGGUGCCCGACUGCAAGUACAAACUCAAGUGCUCCCACUUCCACUGCACCUACCCUGGCUGCAAACACACGGUGGUGGGCAUGUCGCAGAUGGACUCGCACAAGCGCAAGCACGAGAAGCAGGAGCGAGGGGAGCUGCCUGCCAUCUCUCCUGGCCCCGAAGGCCUCGCCCACUCCGCUCUUGAGUACGACAUCCAGAACUCUUCCAUCAACCUGGACAGUUCCCUCAACCUCAGCACUGACAACAACAGCAGCUCCCUCUUCUUCCUGCAGAACGCGGCUGGUGUGGGCCUCAAUGACUCCCUGGACCUCAGCAAGAAGCAGUCAGAAGUCGCUGAAGGGCCCUCCCCCAGCAGAGCCGGGGCCGCCCCUCCGGAGCCGGGGGCAGCAGCAUCAGGCUCUGGUGAGGUGGAGGAUGAAGAUGACUCUUCCCAAGAGGAUGAAGAGGAUGACGAGGAGGAGAUGAACGAAGAAGAAGAGGAUGAUGAAGAGGAGGAUGACGAUGAUGACGACGAGGAAGAUGACGAAGAGGAAGACCUGAACACGGAUUCUGAAGAAUCGCUGCCUGACCCCGAGGGCCUGGCCACUAAAGAUGAUGGGGAACCAGAGGAGGGUGCUUCUUCUUCCACAGACCAUGGUGAUGCUUCCAGGCCGCAGGACGAGGCAGCUCCUGCCCUUCCUCCAGCCUCAGCUCCUGCUCCGGCUCCCGCUGCUGCCCUAGCCUCUACGGUUGCUCCAGCAGCUUCUCCUUAAUCCUAGAGACAACAGCAGCAGUGGUUUGGUUUUGAUCUUACAGAAUUACUUAGGGGACCCCACAUGAGGCAAGAACAAAGAUUGGGACGGCAAAUGAAAUACAAACUCCGUGCCACACACACGAGAGAGAGGAAGGAAGGAAACCUAUGCUCCACAGGCCCCGUAAGAGAGACAGGUUCGCAGCGGGACUGGUGCUGCAUUGCUUCAUUCUGCAGAUCACAGAACACAGGGGCAGGAUGCAGCAGAAAAGUACCCUUUUAUAUGGACGUGAACCUCGAGGGUACCAGCUGCUUUUCCUUGUCUCCUGAAAGGUGCAUGGGGCCUGCGCCCAUCUGGGGACCCUUUGUUAUGGGUGGGGUUCUGUCCCCCCA